UGGUUGGGUGAAGCUCUCGCGAGAGGUGCGGGGCAGCCGCUCCGCUCCGUGCCCUGCUCCGCUCCGCGCGUUUGGGGCCGGAGGGGCUCUGUGGCGCCUCGGUACCGGCCACAGGGGUAACUGGGAAGAUUUUGCCCGUUUUGUUCGCCCUGUUUGCACCUCCAGGCCUGGUCCCACACGCUGAGUGAGUACUGAUCCUCUCCUUCCCCACACGCACACACGCAGGCUGCCAGACCGAAAAUGGGGAAGGCAUCAAAGCGGAAGCGAAAGGUCUCAGCCGCCGCGACGGCUAAGGGCCCCGUGAAGUCGGCUAUGGCUAUGGUCAAGAGCAACCCCUUCGAGGUGAAAGUCAACAGGCAGAAGUUUGACAUCUUGGGGAGGAAGACCAAGAAUGACGUGGGGCUGCCUGGUGUCUCACGGUCCAAGGCUAUCAAGAAGCGUACCCAAACAUUACUGAAAGAAUAUAAAGAAAGAGAAAAGGCAAAUGUGUUUAAAGAUAAACGUUUUGGUGAAUAUGACACCAAGAUCAGUCCAGAGGAGAAGAUGAUGAGACGAUUCACUUUGGAAAGACAGCAAAAUUAUGGAAAGAAGAAUAUCUACAAUCUCAACGAAGAGGAGGAAUUGACACAUUAUGGCCAAUCUUUGGCAGAAAUUGAAAAGCUAAAUGAUAUUGUUGAUAGUGACAGUGACACAGAAGAAAGAGGAACACUGUCAGCUGAAUUAACUGCUACUCACUUUGGAGGGGGUGGAGGCCUCCUUCGUAAAAAAGUAUCAAGUGUGCAGCAAGAUGAAGAGGAGGAAAAACCUAAAUCCAGGAAGGAACUCAUAGAAGAGAUGAUAGCCAAAUCUAAACAAGAAAAGCAAGAGAGGCAAAGUCGGAGAGAGAGUGCGUUAGAGCUCACGGAAAAGCUAGACAAGGACUGGAAGGAAAUCCAAACCCUUAUGGCCCGCAAACCCCCCAAGUCAGAGAGAAAGGACAAAGAAGUAGAAAAACCCAAGCCUGAUGAAUAUGAUAUAAUUGUUCGAGAACUUGGAUUCGAGAUGAAAGCAAAACCUUCAGAAAGGAUGAAGACAGAAGAAGAAUUGGCAAAAGAGGAGCAGGCACGACUCCAGAAGCUGGAGGCAGAUCGACUCCGUCGCAUGCGUGGGAUAGAUGAGCAGGCGAAUAAAAAGAAGCCCAACCACAUCUCAGCUGAUGAUCUAGCUGAUGGCUUUAUCCUGGAUAAAGAUGACAGACAUUUAUUGUCUUACAAGCAGGAUGGAAAAAUAAAUAUUGAAAAUGAUGAAGAAGAGGAAGAAAAAGAUGAGGAGGAAGAAGAAGAAGAAGAUGGGAAGGAAGAUGAGAAUGAAGGAGAAAGUGACGAAGAAUCUGCUAAUGAAGAUGAGGAGGAGAUUGAUGCAGAUAGCCACUCUGAUCUUGAAUCUGAUCUUGAGAGUGAGGAAGAAGCUGCAGGAAAUAAAGAGCAGAACAAACACAAUACAAAUGAAAAUGAAGCACAGAAUGUGAAGAAACUGGAUCCAAAAAUGAAAGCUGCCAAAUCAGAGCUUCCCUAUACAUUUGCUGUUCCUGAGUCCUAUGAGACAUUUAAGUCUUUAUUGGCUGGAAGAACAAUAGAGCAACAGCUUCUUAUACUGGAGAGAAUUCAGAAGUGCAAUCAUCCAAGCCUUGCAGUGGGAAACAAGGAAAAGUUGGAAAAACUGUUUGGCUUCAUUUUGGAGUAUAUUGGGAACUUAGCAACUCUGGAUUUGCCAGAGCUCAGAACAAUUGACAGACUGGUCGUGCCAUUGUGCAAUCUCUGCCAGAUGUUUCCAGAGGCAGCCAGUGACCGUAUGAGGUUCAUCCUGCGAGAUGCAGCUCAUGAUAUGGAAGAAGUUGUUGAAGUCAAAGGCCGUGCAGCAUUCCCAGGUUUAGACACGCUUAUUUAUUUGAAAAUUAUAUCUUUGUUGUUUCCAACUUCUGACUUCUGGCAUCCAGUUGUAACACCUGCUUUUAUCUACAUGAGUCAGCUACUUACUAAGUGUCGCAUUACAACACUGCAAGACGUUAUUAAAGGGUUAUUUAUAUGCUGUUUGUUCCUGGAAUAUGUGUCUCUCUCCAAAAGAUUUGUACCAGAACUCAUCAAUUUUCUUCUUGGAGUACUUCAUAUAUCUUUACCCAAGAAACAAGCCCAGGGCUAUACUGUAGUGCAUCCAUUUACACCAGUGGGGAAGAAUUUAGAACUGCUUUUGGUGUGUGACAAGAAGGAUCUGGAUAGUUGGCAGAAGCAAAAUCUGCCAUUGAGUAUUGUGACUAAGUUAAAGGAAAUGAGCAGAACAGAGACUAAUCACAUCAGGUUAUCAUGUCUUGCCCUGUGCUUUGACCUGAUUAAAAAGUGUGCAGUUCUGUAUGAGUCUUUACCAUCAUUCCAUGAAAUAAUGCAUCCUGUCAGAAUUCUCCUUACACAACAUCUGCCAGCAAAUGACUAUCCUGAAAAAAUGCAGGAAUGGUAUCAGGGUGCUCUGAAAGAGAUAGAGAACAAAGACAAACGCUAUACCCCACUGAUCUGUGAGAAAAAGAAGCCAGUGCCAUUGAAACAGUAUACACCUAGAAUUGUGAAAGUUUUAGAGUUUGGGAGAAUUCAGGGAAGCAGCAAGAAGGAGCAAGAAAGAAAGCAGCUGAUUCGGAAGCAUAAACGUGAACUUAAAGGAGCCAUCCGUGAGAUUCGGAAAGACAACCAGUUCCUGGCUAGAACACAGCUCGCAGAAGUCUUGGAAAGAGAUGCAGCCAGAAAAAGAAAAGUGAAAGAGCUUCUUGGUAGCCUUGCUACACAGGAAGGCGAAUGGAAAGCAAUGAAGAGGAAAAAAAGGGAAUAAUUAAUUGGGACUGCCUACAGCAGGAAACUUUGGUUUUAGUGCAUUGUGAAGUUUCUUAAUCACACAACUUUUGGAGAACUUUAAUUGCAUUCUUUGGAUGCAUUCCUUUGAAGGAGACAACAUCAGCAGAUCUACCUGGAAAAAGUCAACCUGCUUAUUGGAAAAACCCAAGGGUUUUCAUAAGGAAAAUAAACCCAACACUUUUGUAUGUGG